AUGUCUCACAUACCCGAUGAACAUAAAUGGCUACCUCAAGACCACAGAAUUCACAAACAAUGGCUUCAAGAUACUGUCAAACAUGUAGACAAGAAUCCAAAGGCUUUGCACCCGGUUCUCGAAGAAUUCAAGGAAAUGAUCGAAAAAGACACAAGACUUUUCAUGCUAUUGAAUUCCAUGUUCGAGCAGAUACCUCAUAAAAAGCAGUAUGCCAAGGACCCAGCAGGUGAACGUCAGAUCCGUGACUAUCACCACAUGCUUCAAGUCAUGAAUCAUCUUCUCACUACGCCUCCUUCCUGGAGUGACCGGGAGUUUGGAGCUGGAGUCGUCGGCCUACCCUUCUUUGCCAUCUUCGACUGGCCCAUGGCGACCCCUUCUGGUUUCGCCGUCUUUCAAGACCCGAAAGUCAAUUCCAUGUUGAAGAAAGUCCUCCAUGUUUGGGGUGAAUUCCUCCAAACUCCCGAGUCAGCCAAAGUUCUUGAUAAUAGUUCCAGCGGCUGGUUUGGUGACAGCGGACUCAAGGACUUGCAGACUGCAGCCAAUUCAGCAGCAGGCACAUCUCAUACAUUUGAGGAUAUGUUCAUUUGCGAUUCCAACGACAAAUAUCGUGGCUUCAAUUCCUGGGAUAACUUCUUUACUCGGCAUUUCAAGGAAGGAAUUCGACCUAUCGCUUCUCCUGACGACGACAAUGUCAUCGCAAAUGUAUGCGAAUCCAAGCCGUAUAAAGUGGCACACGAUGUUAAAGCCCAUGAGAAAUUCUGGAUCAAGGGUCAACCAUACUCCGUGCGCAACAUGCUAGCUCACGAUGAAUUAGCCGAUCAAUUCGUCGGCGGCACAAUCUACCAAGCAUUCCUGUCUGCUCUUAGCUAUCAUCGAUGGCACGCCCCUGUGAGCGGCAAGAUCGUCAAGCAAUAUGUCGUUGACGGAACCUACUUUUCCGAGCCACCCUUUACAAGCUUCGAAGCAAGUGACGAUAAGAAAUCGGGAGGCGAGAAUGUGGGACAGGAAUACUUGAGCGCUAUGGCUGCGAGGGGACUAAUCUUCAUUGAGGCUGAUAAUUCGGCAAUUGGAUUGAUGUGUGUCAUUCCAAUUGGCAUGGUGGAAGUUAGUACUGUUGAUAUUGUGGUGAAAGAAGGGCAGCAUGUCAAAAAGGGAGAUGAGCUGGGAAUGUUCCACUUUGGAGGCUCGACUCAUUGCGUGUUGUUCAGAAAGGGAGUCAAGUUGGAAGGCUUCCCAGAGCCAGGCAGAAAGAAUAAUGUACCUGUGAGAAGCGAACUUUGUCGUGUCUCAAAAUGA